CAUCAUGAGCCCUGAUCGUGAGGGUAGGUUACCGUUGUAUACUUUUCAAAGUAUUAUGUAUGUGUAGGUGGUCGGGUGUUAUAAGUACAUGUUAAAGUGUCAACUCUUACGUUACGGUCUACUUAUGUUGCGUAUAGUGUUUCAGAGUGAAGUCGACUAUGUUUACAGUAAAGUAACAAAUUUGUGCGGCAUUGUUAGGUUUGAAGUUUGUAAUGUACUCAGCGGACAUGCACAAUUAUAGAAAAUCAAUAGCAUGCGAUAAGCCUUUAUUGUUUCAUUGUAGUUUGUGAAAUUACAAGGUAAUUUUGCAAAAUGGAUCAUAAUUAUACAAAUGAAACCGAAGAUGAACAUUAUUUCCCUGUGGAAGUUGAACUGGAAGAGAUAGAAAAAGAUGGAGAUAGCCUUCUGAUUGAUCUCGUGAAACGUUAUCCACAUUUGUAUAACAGAACAUGUAAAGACUAUAAAGAUGUACUUGUGAAGGAGAAUACAUGGCAGGAAAUAGCAGUCAUGAUGAGUAUGCCUGCUGCGGAAUGUCAAAACAGAUGGCUGCGACUCAGGGAAAGGUUUACAAAGGAAAAACGCAUGGAGGAGAAGGAAAGACGAAAUGAAAGUACAAGUGAGGUUCCAAAAAGAAGACCUUGGCACUUAUUUUCGAACAUGUCUUUCCUUACUACACACAUUAGGAAGAGGAGAUCUUUCCGACCAAUAAGACCUUUAAUCCAAUCAGUUUGCUCAUUGUCGGCUGCAGAAGUUGCCAAUUCUCCCGAUGACGUUUUAUGUCAAAUUGAAUUGUCACCAGAAAUGUUACCACAUGCCACAGCAGAAGUGUUACCACCUGUGAAAACAGAAGUGUUAUCAACUGUGGGAUCAUCAAUAUCAACAACUGCUGCAACUACUGUGGCAACAGCAGCAACUUCUCCCAUACUAACAACAGGGUCAUCACCUGUAGCAACAGUGGAAGCAAGCUCAACUACAUCUACCUUAUCACUGCCAAAACUGCUGUCUUCAGAUAAAACAACAAAAUGCCAGACUUGUGAAGACAGACACAAGAGAAAGGUUGGGGAUGAUUUGGAACAAUCAUGUUUGUCACUGUCAUCAGUAAUAGCAAAACUUGUAGAAAAUUCACCAACAAGAAAAUGUUCAGAUGAAGAUGACCUUUUUGGUGAACUUGUAACAGCAGAACUUAAGAAAAUGAAAUCUGGUGAGAAAGAAAGUGUAAAAAUGGAAUUAUCUAAAAUAUUGUAUAACAGAAGAAAUAGCCACGAAUAAUAAUUAGUAUGGCAAAAUCAUCAGGGUCUUGUCUGUAGUAAGUUUGCUUGUGUGCUUGCAUAUUAUUGUUAUUAUGUUAAUUUACAACUUUGUUUUAGCUGCAUGGGAUAUAUACAAUCGUAUGUGGUGGGAAAGGAUCAUGAAUAAUAAGUAGGGAAGGAUUUUGAUGGGCUUUUUCACAGUACUGUCUUUAACCUUGAGAGAGUAAAGAGAAUCAUGACAAUCUGAGUGGUGAUAGCCAUUAACCCAUCUAAGAUUCAGAUCUGGUACAUCCCAAACAUAAAGCCUUGAAUGCUGCAACUUCUUACUGACCUGCUUGGCAGUAUUUUUAUUAAAAUUGAUAUCUAUACUUAUGUUUUCUUAAUUACAUUCGUCAUUGAGCUGCACUGCUGCAGAUUCAGUGUAUGAAUUAUGAAUCAUAACACAUUCACAAACCAGACAAACUCAGUGGCCUGCAGUCUGCAAGGAGUGACCGCCGCUUUUCGGUGAAGUCAGUGCUAACCUUUGCAGAUAGAGGGUGUUGUGGUCAGUGCACCA